CUGCAUGAGAACAAGACAAUGAACACCAAGCUUCUAGGCUUUGCCACACAGAUAAUGGUGAUGGCGAUCCUCAUCUCGGUGGUGCUGCUCUUCGUCGGCGUCGGCGUGUUGGUGCUCAUCCAUGUCUGCAUCGUCGGCAGGGCAUUCAGGAGGGGGUUCAACACCAUGACGCCGCCCGCGCGCGACGACGGAAGGAGCGGCGGGUUGUCACCGGAUGAUCUGGCGAAGCUUCCCUGCUAUGAAUUCAAGGGUGGAGAGAUGGUCGGCGCCACCACCGACUGUGCUGUGUGCUUGGAGAGCUUCCAGGUGGGUGACGGGUGCAGGUUGCUUCCUGCUUGCGGGCACAGCUUCCAUGCGCAGUGUGUGGACUCCUGGUUGCUGAAGAGCUCCAUAUGUCCCAUCUGUCGAACGAGCGCCGACGGCGGCAAGGGCGGUAAGCCCGGUGGCGGCGAUGGGCUUGAGAUGAGGGAGGGCCAAAGGGUAACAGCAGGAGUUCCCCAUGCUUCCUCUUCACAAUAGAUUCUUGGAACUCCAACUCGAUUCUCUGAGCCUGUGAAAUACAUCUCUGUGAAUCCAAUUUUUCUAUUCUCCAUCA